UUUAGUGAAUUGUUUCAUUCGCAUUCUGCUUUCUUCGGUGUCAUUGUCUCUCAAAGCGCCAAAUUUGGUGAAAAUGGAGAAUGAUCUCAAUCUUAGGCAGCCAAAUCUUCCUACCAGCCGCUCUUCUCUUAAACCCAAUUCCCAUUUCAACAAUUAUGCCCUUUGGAGAGCUAAGCUAAGAGAGAAUUGUUACAAGAGGGUACGAGAGGACAGAACCCGUUUGCUAUGGAAAAUGAGGUUGCCUGCUGCUCAAUCCCUCAAUCACAAGGAUUUUAUCAAAUCUGCUUUUCAAAAUAUAGUUUCUGAUGAACUGAAAAAAUUUAAAGACCUGUCAUCGAAUGACUCUUUGAAGUCAUCAGCUCCUACCACCAAAACUGAUGAUACAUUGUGGGAAUAUGAUGGCCUUCAUAGUGCUUACCAAGGGGAAUGUGAAGAGAUAUUAAUAGACAUGCAAAGGAUCUUUUAUGAGGAUCUCCAGGCUGAACAAACUUCAAAAGAACCAGAAAGCCAUGUUGAAACAUGGGAGGAGCUAGAAGAUGAGUACUUGGCUCGUGCAGUAUAUGAACAUAUGCAAUUGAAUGAUAAGAAAGAGACCUGGUGCCCUAUCUGUAAGCAAGGGAAGCUGCAAGAAAACCGUCAACUUAUUUAUUGCAGUGGCUGUGAACUUAAGCUCAGCAAAGACAAUGAGGUCAAUCUGGAUAUAUUGCGGGUCCGACUAGCAGAUGCCCAUACAGAUCAUCUUAAUCGGGGUUGCAAAUUAAAACCAAAGUUCUGCUGCGAGACAAGUUUUGGUUUAACUGCACUGUACAUUGUUUGUCAGGGUUGCAAUACAUUCGAGGUUGUGGUAUAAUAUCUUUCUUUGUUUGCAUAUGAAAGUUUAAUGUUCAAUUCUAGUUAACUUUUAUCCUAGAUUAACACUUCAUAUAACAGUCAUUGUAUAUCAUCUGAUGUUUCACCUAUAUAAAUAUUCAUUUACAAA